AUGUUCCAGGACAAAACUAUUGCAUCAUCUCAGACCACGAUGCAUUCUACUCCCCAACUUGUAUCUCCCGCGCUUGCUAGAGACUUACAAGACUGCAGGAAGACUUAUCUGAAUAUACUCAUGGCAUUUCUAGCCCUUCAGUCGAUAUCAGGAUCUGAAAAUCUUUUGGUGGCUACCCUCACGCUGAUCCUAUAUACUAUCAGCCUGCACAUCACUGCUAGCGUGCCGGGUGUCUCUCACGUAAGGCAUUUCAAGUCAUUCGUUCACGCACAAGCACCUAAAACCACGGCAGCUUGGAGCAGUAAUUUUUGGAAGUUUGCACGCAAUCCCAGCGGUUGGAAUUCUCGUCGUAACUAUCUCCGUAUGCGGUACUACAUGAAGGCAAUGAUAGAUCAGCUCCCGAUGACCGUCCCCGAGGAUCUAUAG